UUCUUUCUUUUCUUCUCUCUUACUCUCUCUGUGUGUGUGUGUUUUUUUUUUUUUGUUGGUUGGUGGUGGUGAUAAUGGCGGCGCAGGUCGAAAUAGAGGACCAAGCUUCCGUCACCAAACUAGAUAAUGGCGAAAUAUUCGAUUCAGCACUCUCCGACGAUGCUGAUUCGUCAUCUCUUUCUCGCUCUCGCUCCGGCUCCGGGUCUAUCUUCUCAUCCUCCUCGUUGAUUCUUCUCGACGAAGGAAACGCGGAGCACGACGUUAUCAAGGCGUGUUUGCUUUCAGGGAUGGGUUUCGUUUCCAGCGACACGACGAUCGUCACGAUUCGCAAAAACACUUCCGAUGGGAUCACGAAUCGAGCCAAGUUUGUCUCCUUCAGGAUCUUCACCGAAGCUGUCGCGAGGAAACGCGUCGGAGGAGACGCGAAUGUGAAAUACGGUUGGUACGCUGGUUCUAAAGAGGAGAUUGAGAGUAUCGUCUCUUACGGAUUUAGUAAUCAAGAUGUUGGGAAAUUUGAAGGUGAUCCUUGUUCUCAUGGUGUUGGGAUCCAUUUGGUUCCUUCCAAGUGUUCUCUUCUCGCGGCUUCAGCUACAGAGCCAGAUGAGGAAGGUUUAAGGCAUCUUCUCUUAUGCCGUUUAAUCUUGGGGAAACCUGAGUUAACCACCUCUGGCUCUAAACAAUCGUAUCCUAGCUCACCUGAGUUUGAUUCUGGUGUUGAUGAUCUUCGUAAUCCUAGAAACUAUGUGAUUUGGAGCUGUAACAUGAACUCGCAUAUCUUGCCGAGUUACAUCGUUAGUUUUAGGUCUCCUCGUCUCACAGUAAGUAGAGGUGGUUUUGCUGCAAGACCAAGCUCUCCUUGGGUUAGUUUUGAUUCCUUGAUGUCAAUGCUGUCUAAAUCAAUGGAUUCUUCAAGAAUGAACUUGAUCAUUCGAACUUACGAUGAUUUUAGGAAACGGAAGAUCAGGAGAGACCAAUUGGUUAGGAAGAUGAGAGAAGUGGCUGGUGACAAUCUUUUGGCUGAGAUUAUUAAGAAUCACCGAGACAGAAACAAAGUCAAGAAUUAAUAAAAAAAAAGAAACACACACACAUGAGAGAGAAGUUUCACACGUGUGAAAGAUGACAAGAAGAAAACAAAUCAAUUGAAAGAGCACACGCGUUUUAAACGUACAUAAAGGAGCUUCAAUCAAAAUGUGUAUGAGAGAGUCUUUAAGCAUUUUUUUCUUCUUCCUAUUGGAAGGUACAGUUUCUGUUAGCGGUAAAAAAAAAAACAGAGGGUUUCCUUUAGAUUUGAACUAUUGGGAAACUUGUAUUCCAAAUCCCCAGAACAAUCAAGAAUUUCCAAAAUUACGGUCUCUUUUAAUUACAUGGUCCUAGAAUUUGUAAA